AUGGGUGGACUGAGGUCCGUCGUAAGAGAAACUCAAGAGAUAACUCUAAGGAGGUCAUUAGCUUUUACGUCACAAACUUUCAGGCAGACAGUAGCAAUGGUAAGGAAAACCUUCCAGACCUUUGGGAAGUUGGUGGUUGUUUACAUCUUUGGGAGGAAGGACAAAGGAGGUUCGUUUUUUGCAUUCAUCAGAUAUGAAGGAGUCAAAGAUAUCGAUUCACUUGUGUUAACACUUAAUCAAGUUAGAUGUGGGCAUUGUAUAGCAAAGGUCAACAUUGCAAAGUAUGUGAAGAAGCCGCCCAGACUUAUUCCUCCUCCAAGAUCCAAUCGAACUAGUCAACCGGUGAUCCCAAGCACAAAAUGGAACAAUAUUUGCAACGGAAAAUCUUUCGUUGAAGUUGUCUCCGGGAACCACAGGAAAUAUGAUACUACUCCUCACUCCCCUUCUGUGGAGAUCCUAAUGGUCCUUCUGAAGAGAGCUCCAAUGUUAGACUCAUGUAACAGUCGAUGCCUGAUCGGGGAAGUUAAGGAUUUGAAGCUAUUAAACAAUAUGCACACUCUUCUAAAUGUUGAUGAGAGUAUUGCAACACGCGUGCUAUACGCUGGGGGUUAG